AUGUAUCAAGCAUUUACUGAGAUGUGUCCUCCCGCGCCGAAGUGGACCGUUGGCGACAUGCCAGAUCUUGCUGGAAAGGUGAUCAUCGUCACGGGUGGAAACACCGGCAUCGGGUUUAUCACCUGCAAGUAUCUACUCUUGCACAACGCGACCGUAUAUAUGCUUUGCCGGUCUCCAAACAAAGCGCAAGAUGCAAUACACCAGCUCCAGGAUGUCACCGGUGGGAAAGAAGCCAAGUUCAUCCAGUGUGAUCUUGCCGACCUCCCGAGCGUGAAACGAUGCGUGCAAGAAUUUACGAGUAAGGAACAGAGACUAGAUGUCCUUUUCAACUCUGCGGGUGUCAUGUUCCCUCCUAUUGAGCAAGUCACAAAGCAGAACUUCGAUUUGCAGUUCGGAACUAACGUCAUUGGUCACUGUUAUCUGACCGUACUCCUCCUGCCAAUCUUGCUGUCUACAGCUCAGGAGUCGGGCAAUAAAGUUCGCGUGAUCAACACGAGCUCUGAUGGGCACAUCCUCUUCAGUCCAAAGGAAGGCAUCAACUAUGACGUCCUCUCCGAUUCUCCCGAACGUCGUAAGAUGGCAACAACGGCAAUGUAUGGCAUGUCCAAAUGGGGCAAUGUCGUCUUCUCAAAGGAGCUCGCACGACGAUACGGAUCUCAAGGCGUCAUCUCUCACGCUCUGAAUCCCGGUCAUUUGCGGACUGAGUUGCAGAGGCACGGCUCAGGUCUGUCGAAGAGGAUCGCCGACAUGCUGCUCUUCGAACUGGAUCCACUUGGGGCUUUGACCCAAUUAUAUGCGGGAACGGCUGCGGAGGCGGGUGAGGUUAACGGGCAGUACUAUAUCCCUUGGGCAAGGCAUGGUCAGGCGAAUGACCCGGAGGCCGGGAAGCAGCUCUGGGCAUGGCUGGAAAAGGAGUUGAAGAAGUACUGGCUCUAG